AUGGCAUAUAAGCUGAAAAUAGUGUAUGUGGGAGAUUUGGGACCAUUCAAUCCAGGGCUUCCAGUUGAAGUACCUGUGUGGCUCGCUAUUAAUCUGAAACAGCGACAGAAGUGCAGGAUUGUAGUUCCAGAUUGGAUGGAUGUGGACAAACUUGAACAAAUCAAGGAACAGGAGCGUAAAGAAGAAACCUUCACUCCGAUGCCCAACCCACAUUACAUGGAACUGACUAAGUUGCUGUUGAAUCAUGCCUCUGACAAUAUUCCCAAAGCUGACGAAAUCCGGACCUUGGUAAAAGAUACUUGGGAUACUCGCAUUGCAAAGCUGCGGUUAUCUGCAGAUAAUUUUGUGAAUCAACAAGAGGUGCAUGCAAAGCUGGACAACCUCACAUUAAUGGAGAUUAACACAAUCGGGACUUUCCUCACAGAAUCACUGAAUCAGUUGCACAGUCUCCGUGCAAACCUUCAGCCUGGGGAGAAAGCUCAGUCACAGGACUAUUAAACUGCUUUCUUCAAGGAGGUGAUCCUCUUCUUUAAAAAGAGGAAAGUUUGGAGAAGAGCAGGUGCAGGUGCAGGUGCAAGCGCAGGCAGAACCAAGUUCAGCAGGGAAGAGACAGAAGGAGGGUGGGAUUAGUGUGCUGGCAACCUAAGAUCCUGGAAACAUCUCUGCAAGGUGAAAAACUAGUGCUUUGACAACUUUUUCACUCCUGUGUCAAAGGUUUCUCUUCUCAGGUGCUGACUAAGCAGUGAAGGACUUCCAAAACUUUUUGUUUCCAAUCUUUUGCUGUAGGUUAAAUUUUUCCUAAAUAAUGUGUUAUAUUAAAUAUGGUUUAAAAUAUAAAUGAGUGGUAGUGGGGAUGCUGUUUUUAAACAAAAACACAAGAAUAGUGGAUUUGGUAUAUAAAUCAGUGCUUUAAUUGUAUUUGCUCACUUUCUGAUUGCAUGGUAGACUUACCUGCCAUCUUUAUUUAAAUAAUGGUUUUGUUUGUUCACUUGUACCUGUUUAGUCACAUUUUUUGACAAUUUGGAAGACGGGGGUGGGAAGGGAAUGGUAUGAGAAAUCCAGAUAGUUGUUGGCUCAAUAAAUCUGAAGUGAAGGUAGUUUCUGAGCAUUGCACAUUACACAGCUUCACUAUUUCAAUUUCCACUCUAUUCUGAGCCAGUAGCUAGUGAUCAGAAUGAUAAAGGGAAGAGGUGCUAGGGUUAACCAGUGUGGACGAUGUACAGGGAAAACUAGCAAGAACUGUGUUCCCUGGACUGCUAUGCACCUUCAAUAUUUGACCAUAUUCACUUUACGUGGAAACUGGAUCAGACUUACUUGCAUUUGACUUCCUUUUAAGUUUGCAGUGAAUAGUUAUUUGAUUGUGGGGCAAUUUGUUUUUAAUUAUUUGUGGGACAUGGGCAUUGAUGGCUGGGCCAGCAUUUAUUACCCAUCCCUAGUUGUCUUUGAGAAAGUGGAAGUGAGCUGCAGUGCACCUGCUGUGACAAUCAGAAUCCCUACAGUGUAGAAACAGGACAUUUGGCCCAACAAGUCCACACCACCCCCUGCUGUAGAUCAUCCUACCCAGAACCACACCCCCACUUUCCCUGUAACCCUGCAUUUACCAUGGCUGGCCCACCUAACAUAUGCAUCCAUGGACAUUUAUAGGCAAUUUAGCUUGGCCAGUCCACAUAACCUGCACAUCAUUGACUGGAGGAAAGCAGAGCACCCAGAGGAAACCUGCACAGACACCAAGAGAUGGUGCAAACUCCACAAUCACCUGAGGGUAGAAUCAAGCCUGGGUCACUGGAGCUUUGAGGCAGCAGUGCUAACCAGUGAGCCUGUGCUAUAGAUUGAUCCACAAUGGUAUCGGAGAGAAGUCCAUGAUUUUGACCCAGUGACAGUGAAAGAGUGCAAUUUUCAGCCAUGUCAGGCUGUUGAGUGGCUUCAGGAAACUUCAGCUGGUGGUGUUUCUGCAAAUCUGCUGUCCUUGUCUUUUUCCAUGGAAGUGGUUGUGAGUUUGGAAAGUGCUGCUUAAGGAUCUUUGGGGAAUUUCUGUAGUGUAUCUUGAAAUUGCUACACAUUGAUGCUAAGUAGCAGCAGUGGUGAAGGGAGUGGAUGUGGUACCAGUAAAGUGGGCUGCUUUGUCCUGAAUGGUGUCAAGCUUCUUGAGUGUUGUUGGAGUAACACUCAUCCAGGCAAGUGGGGAGUAUUCCAUCUCAGUCCUGUCUUGCAGAUGGUGGACAGGCUUUGAGGAGUCAGGAUUUGAGUAGAAUGCCUCACAUCAUCCAUCUACCAACUUGACUCAAGUCAAAGCCACCCAAACUUUGCAGAAGAGCAGAAAAUCUGACUCUUUUCAGUUGCAAAGAAAGGUGUAAGUUAGAGGAGUUUGAUACUCGAUGUGCCUUGAAAGUUUUAAACUGCAGGCCUCCAGUUUCCAUUUUAACUUGUAUGUUUAUUUGGAGCAACUUUUGUAAUUCACAAAGAUUUCAACAUUCCUGCCUGUGGCAAUUUCAUGAUUUUAGUGUAACAUUUUUACAAUAAAUCUGCUCCCUGAAGGA